CCCUUGCCAAUCAAUCCGCCAGCUCUAGCAGGGUCCACCACGCCCAUAUCGCUCAUAACCAAACCUCAAUUUUCCGCCGUUUUUUGUUUCCAAUGGAACCCUAAGGCUGACUUGUCUUUAAAAAAAGAAAAAGAAAAACCCAAAAACCUCUCGAAAAUCCUCCAAUGGAAAACUACUCCUACUCUUCUUAUCCUGAUUCCGGCGACUCUUCGCCUCGUUCGCGAGAAAUGGACUGCGAAAACCAGUCAUGGGACGAGCCGCCAUCGACUAAUAGUAAUAAUAAUAGUACUGCUAAUUAUAAGGUUAAGUUUAUGUGCAGUUAUGGGGGCAAAAUCCAGCCGCGUUCUCACGAUAACCAGCUGGCUUAUGUCGGAGGAGAUACGAAGAUCCUGGCCGUUGAUCGCAAUAUCAAGUUCUCUGCUAUCAUGGCUAAGUUAUCUUCGCAGUACGGCGGAGACUCUGAGGUUUGUUUCAAGUACCAACUUCCUGGUGAAGAUCUCGAUGCUUUGAUUUCCGUUACCAAUGAUGAGGAUCUCGAGCACAUGAUGUUGGAAUACGAUCGGUUGCAUCGUGCCUCCGCGAAACCGGCCAGGUUGAGGCUGUUUUUGUUCCCGUUGAAUCCAUCGUUGGUGGCGUCGGGAUUUGGCGGGAGUGAACCGAAGUCGGAGCGGCAAUGGUUCGUUGACGCGUUGAAUUCGGUGCAGGUUCAGAAUAUGGAUGGCUCUUCGCCUCCUUCUGCCGCGCUGCCGGCGGCGAAUCCCGAUUUUCUCUUCGGUUUGGAUAAGGUGAAAUUGCCUGAUUCGGUCCCUCCGCCGGUGGCGGCGGUGGUUCAAGAGGUGGUUACGAAGGAUGUGACUGCGGGAUCGGACUGCGGAUCGGAGGAUCGGCACGUGAUCGGAGAGCCGGCGGUGUCUCCGGCGGAGAUUCAGAGGCAGAUCCAGGAAUUACAAAGACUGCAUAUUGCUGCUACUCAAGAACAAGGCGUUUUACAAAGGAAAAUCGACGAAUCAAAUCCCAGAGGUUACAACAAUGCUCAAGAUUAUCAUAACGUUCCAGAUAAAAUCGCUACGUCACCAGCUCCAGUAUCAGUUCCGUUACAAAUGCCGAUUCCGACGGCAUAUUUCCCGGAACGGCAUUUAACUACCGCCGCUUAUCCAGUGCCCGCGGCCGCAGCGGCAGCCCCAGGAACUGACCCGCCUGUUUACCUAUUUCAAGCUCCCCCUGCUGGAGUUUAUCAACCGCCUCCUACAUUGCGACAGGUGCCCGGACCAGCUCCUCAAGCUUACUAUGGAGUGCAGCGGGUGGUUCAGGAUGUUUACCGGGAGCAGCCGGUUUACAAUGCGGUGCCAACCACAAAGGUUGGGGCUUACUCUGAGGGAAUCUCAGUCAUGCAGCCUAAAGGUGGUGUCCCUGAAUCAGGGUAUGUACAGGUGGCUUAUGAUGGGGCAGGAAGGCAAGUGUAUUACACGGCGGCGCCGUAUCAAGUGAUGGCACCUGUGGCGAUGGCGGGCGGUGUUGCGGCGUUGAAUCAGGAUGGUAAGGUUGCGGUGAACGCUAAGGCUCCUCCCCAAACUUCUUCCGUGUGAUUUCAAUGUUUUGUUUAUUAAGUUAUAAUUAUAAUAUAGUGAAUAAGGACGAAUAUUUUUAUAGGUUUUGGUGCAUUUGUUGAUGUCUUGUGGAUCUUUUUAAAAUUUAUUUUACUAUGACUUUCGACAUU